AUCUGCUCAGAAUCCUGGAGUCAUUCUUACAGCUGGGAUAAUUUUACACAGGUCUUUUGUAGGGAGCAAAUGUUUCUAUUUUUCCUCAACAAACAUAAUUGUGUACUUUGGGGUUGCAUUUGGAAAUUUUUUUUCAGAAAAUAGAUGACUACUGGUUUACAUAAUCCAGAUUGAAUAAAUACACAGUUAUUAAUUAAACCUAAAUCCAGAAUUUCCUAACUUCUAAUCCACAAAGCAAGUACAGACAUCUUGGGAGUUGCAUUUGAGGUGCCAGAACACUAGAAUGAAUGGAAAACAACGGCAGCAUGCUAUAGAUGCUGAACAAAAUGCGGCCGAGCUGUUGCCCAGAAAUCCAUACUGCUCAAAUGAAGGAACACCCUGUGGUUGUACAUUGCCCAGUGUGACCCUCCAGCCACAGUGGGUUACAACAAAGCCAUGGCCACUCUGGAAAACAUUUCUGGUGUGUCUGUUGGCCUGUCUAAUUGCUACCACUCUUGUUGUUCUGGUCUUAUAUUUUGUCCACUCUGCCAAGCCCACCAGCAGCACCACCAUCAUCAUUCAUGCAGAUGGAAAGUCCAGUCAUGUCACCUGCAUUCCUGGUUCUACCCCAUCCCCUGCUGCAUCGACCCAGCAUGGAUCUCUGAGUAUUCUGCCUUCCGCUCCUGUCACCAGCCAAAGCCCCUCCACCAAGAUGUCUCCAUCUGCUUUGGUGACAAUGAAAGCCACAACAUGGGACCAUGAAAUUAUCAUUGAAGAUAAAAAAUGACACGUUUGAGCCCUUAGCCCUCCUCAAGCAGAUCAACACCCUUACCCUGAAGGGGGCACGUCCAAGGUGCUCCCUCCUCCCUGCCAAGAGCUUCCAAAGCUUUGGCUUUAUGAAAUCCUACUCCUUUUGUUCAGUCAUUUGCUGGAUACCCAUAGGUAAUGCUUCAUUUGUGGGUCCUCCAAUGUGCAAAAGACUGGAAAAGAAACACCUCCAGUUGUGCCAGGUUGAUUCACCCUGGCAGGGGCCUAGAGCUUUCUCGUUACCCCUGUGUAACCAACUUCAGCUUCCAUUAAUGGGGAUCGUAACUGCUGGAGAGGUGGCAGGUGGAUCCUGCUCUACUUGAGUCCCUCGUGCUGGCUCUUAAACCAGUGUCUAGUUGGUUGACUAUUUUCAGCAUUUGUAUUCCAGUAGGGAAAGAUGGACAUGUUAAAUUAAAGUGGUAAAUGAGCCCAAAUUAUUAAAUACCUGUUGAUCAUUACAGAAGUGUCCCUCCUAUUGGGAAACUGGAAAAACAGGAGAGAUCAAUGGAGUCAGUAAUAAUCAGUGGAGAUUUCAGACAAGGUUUGGAAGUUGAAAAAGAGUGGAAGUUUGGACAUAAGUACAGAUAAUGAAAAUGGAAAAUGAGGGAGCUAAGGGGACAUAAUAGAUUGAAAAUCAAAAGCACAUUCAGAAAAACUUCAAAUUAACAUGUAAUAUAUUUUAUAUGUCUGCACUUUUUCCCCGAUAUUGUCAUUAUUCCAUAUUUGGUAUUUUGCUUAAUCUCUAAACUAGUAUAAACUACUACUUAUACUAUUUGAACUCCUAAAUUGUUUUGUACUCUGUAUUAUAACUUUGAGGCACUUCGCUUAUAAUUUGCUAUGAAAUACAAGACUGUUCAGUGUUAGAUAUGUUCUGAGUGUUUAAUACUCACUAGAAGCAUAUAUACUUCAUUCUGGAAAAGACUUUAGAAUGAAAUCACAGCAUUCCCAUUGCACCCCCAACCUCUAAACUCUACAAAAGGGGAAGACUUUCUCAGGGAAGGGGGCCCACUAGCCGAAGACCCAGACCCUGGAGUGGACACUAGAGCCUGGAUAUUCAGCUUCCAACUUUUGAUUCUCUUUUGAACAUCAUUAGAGGUUCUAAAUAGGUUCCCAAAGUGUUGUUUUGUUGUCCAAGGUUUCCUAAAGCAAAAUUUUGUGUUCUGUAUAACUCUAGGUUGAUUUGGUACAGUCAGUAGUAAGCCAUAUAGCAUAGACCUUGAGGCCUAUUGAGCA